AAACUGACAGAGGUGCUCUUUAUAGCAUCCGCGGAGAGCGAAAAAAGAGCCCUGCGAUUGGGCACGUUUCAUUUUCGUGUAGACCAAUGGGAAGAGGCCGUGCGGCGCGGAUUGCGUACGUUCAUCGCGCGUACGGGAACGUGACGUCACAGAAACGCAAGCACCAAUCGCCGGGGAGCUUCUCUGCGCCCCAUUUGCAUAUCUCCUUCUAGUUAAAUCCGCGCAGAGGGUGUAGACGUUUACUUUCCUCCUCCCUGUUACGGCUCUGUUUCCAAGAUGCCCGAGCCUUCCAAGUCGGCCCCGGCCCCGAAGAAGGGCUCGAAGAAGGCGGUGACCAAGGCGCAGAAGAAGGACGGCAAGAAGCGCAAGCGCAGCCGCAAGGAGAGCUACUCGGUCUACGUGUACAAGGUGCUCAAGCAGGUGCACCCGGACACGGGCAUCUCGUCCAAGGCCAUGGGCAUCAUGAACUCGUUCGUGAACGACAUCUUCGAGCGCAUCGCCGGCGAGGCGUCGCGCCUGGCGCAUUACAACAAGCGCUCGACCAUCACGUCGCGGGAGAUCCAGACGGCCGUGCGGCUGCUGCUGCCCGGCGAGCUGGCCAAGCACGCCGUGUCGGAGGGCACCAAGGCGGUCACCAAGUACACCAGCGCCAAGUGAGCGCGCCCGUGCGCUGCCUGCACUCGCCCCAAAGGCUCUUUUCAGAGCCGCCCACUCUUUUCUAAAGAGAACUGGCACUGAAUUUAU